AUGUUCAUUGGGCACCCAAUUCUUGACGAAAUUCGUCAAGGAAUCCCAUUAAAACCUACUAAAACGAUUGAUAAAAGUGCACCUAUGAUAGUUAUCGAAGGCGAAUCUUUGAAUAAUAUACGAAGAACACCAAUAGUGCAACAAGAAGAAUCUUUUAGUGAAAAUGAUGAAAUGAAAUACGCUAAAAAGGAAACAUCCAUUCCUUCACCUCGUCCUUUUUCUUCUCCACUCUACGUUUCCGAAUGUAGUGAUAAAACAAAGCAAAUUAAUCCAGCAUUACUUAAACUUGGAGGUAAGCAGGUUGUUGAUCGCGAUCUGCUAUUACGAUCAAUACGUCAAGGCGUUCAACUUAGAAAAGUUAUAACUAAUGAUAGAAGUGGCCCAUUUAUUGAUGAAAAUUCAUAUCGAUAUUUAGGCAAAACUUCGAAUGAAAACUAUCAGGAUGAAGCUGAUAGUUCAAGAUAUAAUCGGCCAAAUUCUUCAACAUCUUUCGAAGAACAAAAGCAUCAAUUAGCAUCAUCGUCAUUAUCAUCUAAUACUGAAUUAAAUUCAUCAUUAGCUAAUUCUUCGGAUAUGACAAUAAAACGAUCACAAUAUCAAAAAAAUUUUCGUCCAUCUAUAAAAUCACCAAAUCAACAAAUAAUAGAUCGUGAAGCAUUAUUAAAAUCGAUAAGAGCAGGUGUUAAACUGCGUAAAGUUAAUCUUGAUGAUAUUACUUCACCAACUCUUAGAAAUUAUUUAAAUUUAAAUCAGUCUUCGUCCUCAGACGUAAAUGAAAAUCAAAAUGCUUUAGAAACAAUUCAUAGUUCAAGUAAUGAAUCAUUUUUAUCAACAAAACCUCAAUCACUAAUAAAACAACAGUUUUGUGAUUUAUCUGAAUCGUCGCCCGAUAACAAAAAUAUUCAAUCAAAUCAAUUUUUGAAAGAAGAUAAAACUAAAAAAGCUGAUGAACGUUACACUUCGCCAAUACCAACACGAGAAAUGAUCGAAUCUGAAAUUCCAACUGGUUCAGCAGUUAAUCGUAUUAAAUUAUUGAAUAGUCUUCAAAAUCGAUCUCAAAUACAAAAUUCAAAUAUAAAAUCGACCGCUAAAUUCCAUGAAAAUUCUAAUUCUAAAUUAAAUAAUCAAUUUAAUAUUUUUAAUGAUUCUCAAAAAAAUAUUUCGAAAACACUUCCAUGGAUUAAUAGAAAUUCUUCCGCAAAUAAAUCCGGUUUUAAUAAUAUCAAAUUAAUGGCUCAAAAAUUUAAUCAAACAAGUGAAAUAAACAAUAAUUUCACUGAUUCUACGCACGUAAAGCAAAGAAGAUCAUCACUUCUAAAUGAAUCGUGCAAUAAAAAUAUUGCUAAAAAUAUUAGUAAAUUUGAAAAAAUAUCAACUCAAAAUGAUGAAAUGAUAAAAAAAACCAAUGAUAGAUCGUUAAGCCCUUUAGCAACUUGCCCUCAGGCGAUUUCAUCUACUCGAUCAUUUACUCCACCAGCAAUUUCUUCGAUAUCAUCAACAAAUCAUGCUUUUCAGAAUCAUUCUAACUUUGAUAAUAAUUCUAUUCCAAAAUCAGUUUCUAACAGUAAACGAAACAACAGUUUUACCAAGGGUUCAGUAAGAAAUAAUAAUGUUUCUUCGAUCUCUGAUCGAGACAAUUGGAAGAAAACUCAAAAUAUACCAGUAGAAAAGCCAAUCACAAAUUUUGCAAUCAAUUAUGCGAGACCUAUUGAAAUUAUUACCGAUGAUAUACCGCCUCCAAUUCCAACCACCUUGCCACCACAAAUGAAAAAUUCUUUUAUCAACAAAUCACUUCAAUCGUUAUCAACUACAAGAAGCGGAAAUGGUCCAUAUUUAUUUCGGAGAAAAUCUGAUAAUGUUUUAUCAGAUUUAACAUACGAAAGUCCUCAAACCGAUCAAUCUUUUUACAGUCCAGCUAAUUCGUCCCAAUCAAAUAAUACAACUCAAUCAUCAUAUCAUUCUCCAUUAUCAAAUAAUUCUAUAAGUCCCACAACAUCGGAUCAUAACUUUUCUGAAAAUCGAUCGCCCAACAGUAAAUGCGAAGCAGUCAAAAGUCAAUCUGUAAAUCCAAAUCGAUUCACGAUUGUUUCGAAUGCUCGAAUUAAGCAAUAUGGAUCACUGGAAAAUAAUGAUGAUGAUGGUGAUGAUGCUGAUAACAGUGAUGAUAAACGAACCAGUGCCAUAUCUAAUCCGAAUUCGCAUGGUGAUAAUCAAUCAAAUUCACAAUCUGUAAAUAUGUCGGGAACGAAAAUUUAUUCAGUACCAAUUAAUGCACCAUGGUAUAGGCCUUGGAUAAAUGGAGGCAUAAUUAUUAAUAGCAAUAAUAAUAAUAUUAAUAAAACGUCUAAUCAUAAAAAUUCAAACGAUGUAAUCAAUCGUGCAUUAGUUGGUCACCAAGGAAUUGGACGAGCACAUAAAGUUGUUAUUGGUAUGAAAAACACUAAUGAUAAUAAUAUACCAUUUACAAAUGAAAAUCCUGAAUUAAUUCAAGAAAACUACAAAUUUGCUAUCGAUUUGAAUAAUGAUAAACCACUUACAAUUGUGCAACGAUAA